AUGAGGUCUCAGACGAGUUGUGGCGCUCGCUUCAACAUCUCAGCGCUGGCCUCGAGUACCCGCGGGACUGGGAAUACUGGUCCACACCCGUCAUUGGGAGGCAGUUGUGGAAAAGGCAUAGCAGGACGUGGUUGUGUACUCAUUGCUCACAACCACGCGAGCAGGCAUUGUCACGACUAUCGAUCUACGGCCCAAGACCCAACGCGCAAACGUGCGAUGUGA